AGGUCCAUUUCAGCACCGGCACAUCAUCAUGGCUCGCAGCCGCAGCAGGAGUCGAGAACGUCGCCGCCGUUCUCGAUCUCGAUCUGGUGAGAGAAAGCCGCGCGAUCGAAGCCGUGAUAGAGAUCGAGAGGAUCGAGGGAAGCGUCGCUACAGCAGGGAACGUCGAAGCAGCAGGAGCAGAAGUCCUCAUGAUAGACGACGAAGUCGUAGCCGUGACCGUAAAGGACGUGAUCGUGAUGAUAGACGAAGCAGGGAUAGUCGUAGUCCACAUGACCGACGAAGGCGUGAUGACAGAAAGGCUCAAGAACCAAUAUCUCUCGAGCAGAUUGUGAAUUGCGAACAAGAUUUGUCGGCUCUGAUGGGCUUUGCUGGUUUCGAUACCACGAAAAACAAGAAGGUCUCCGGCAAUUAUGAAGGUGCAGUGAAAAUCAACAAACCUCGUCGUUAUCGCCAGUACAUGAACAGAAAGGGUGGCUUCAAUCGACCCCUCGACUAUAUUGCCUGAUCUCUUGGUUAUCGUUUGUUUAAUCGUUUAUAUUCAGAAAGCCGUAGUUGUAUCAUCAAACUGGUUUAUGUGUUCUUUUGGUUGCAUAUGGUAUCAAUAAACAUUGUUUGUAC